AUGUGGAAUCGAUCAUUUUCGCUGGUCGAUAGCGGCUCCGAGAUUUACGAAACAAUGGACAUGUCCGAAACAUACAUGUAUUCAGACUUCAGCUCGGACUAUACCAUGCCACCACCGCCGCCACCGAAGGUUCCACAACCGGAGGUGAAGAAGCAGGAGAUCGUUCACUUAUGUCUGUACAAGUUGCAGACGCUGGCACAGCAACAACGGGACACGUCGUUGCGGAAGUCGGUACUUAUAUCGAACACGUUGCGUUUGCUGCAGAACGAGAUGCUGAGUCGCAGAUACAACCAGUUGCCGGCACCCACCAGUCAGGGGGACUUGGAUGCCAUGGAGUGGUCGCUGCACAUGGCCGAUAACAACGACUCUAGCUACUGCACCGGGCUGGGCUCCGUCGACUCGGUCGCUGAGGAGGAAAUAGCGGAUGAAGACGAUGAAGAAUUGGACAAGAAGAUCUGGUCGAUGUUUCCGGAGGGCGACCAGACGAAUGUGGAGAUAGUGCCCGAUGCUUGGUUCGAAAACACGCCGUCGUUGCCCAGUGGCAAGUGUAACGAAGCGAAAGUGAUACAGUAG